AUGGCUGCCUUAUCGAUAGACCCAGUGGAACAGCCAAGGAUGUACCAGCAAACCUUGCUUCAGGACGGCCUCUGUGACCUGCUGGAAAACCAGAAGUUUGUAGACUGUGUCCUGAAGAUCAAGGACAGAGAGUUUCCGUGCCACCGCUUGGUCCUCGCUGCCUCCAGCCCCUUCUUCAAGGCUAUGUUCCUGUCCAACCUGGAGGAAGGAGGGAAGAAGGAAAUCGUUCUGAAAGACGUGGAGCCUGGCGUCAUGGCGAUGAUACUGCGUUACAUCUACACCUCGGACAUCAACCUGACAGAGCAGAACGUCCAGGAUAUCUUCAUGGUGGCCAACAUGUACCAGAUCCCAUCCAUCUUCUCUGUCUGUGUCUCCUACCUACAGGAGAAGCUGGUGCUGGGGAACUGCUUGGCUAUCUUCAGGCUGGGGCUUCUGUUGGACUGUCCCCGCCUGGCUUUCACAGCUAGAGAGUUCAUCUGUGAGCGUUACCAGCUCAUCGUCAGGGACCAGGAUUUUCAUCAGCUGGGCCCCAGCGAGCUGGCAGCCAUCAUCACCUCCGACGCACUCAACGUGGACCGAGAGGAGGUGGUGUUUGAGUCUCUGAUGGACUGGGUGGGCUACGACAGAACGGAGAGGGCGAAGGAGCUGCCGGAUCUCCUGCACUGCGUCCGCUUCCGCCUGAUCCCGGUGGAUUACUUCACGGAGAAGGUUGAAAAUCACAAGUGGAUUCAGGCCAACACGGAGGUCAAGAAAGAGCUGCAGCUGAUCAAAGACGCCCACGUAGGAAGACUCCCAGAGGUCCAGAGGUCAAGGAACAGGAAGUCCAAGAUGGCAGGUGACAAGGAAGAUGAAGAAGACUCUGAUGAUGAGCAAGGUCUGCUUCCGGGGAUUUUGAACAAUAACCCUCGGUUCGGGAUGUUUGAGACAGACCUGAUCCUUAUGAUCAGUGACACGGGGAGCGUAGCGUACGACCCGGUGGGGAACGAGUGUUUCGUGGCAUCUGAGUCGACAGAGAUCCCUAAGAACCACUGCAGUCUGGUAACCAAGGAGAACCAGGUGUUUGUGGCUGGAGGAUUCCUCUUCAACGAGGACAACAAGGAAGAACCACUCAGCUCCUACUUCCUACAGUUUGACCCUAUGAGCGGAGAGUGGCUGGGGAUGCCCUCACUGCCAAGCCCUCGCUGCCUGUUUGGGCUGACUGAAGCAGAAAACUCCAUCUUUGUUGUGGGCGGCAAGGAAAUGAAAGAGGGAGAACACGUUCUAGACUCUGUCAUGAUCUAUGACAGACAGUCAUUUAAAUGGGGCGAGUCAGACCCUCUUCCAUACACAGUCUAUGGUCAUGGAACUGUCUCACACAAUGGCCUUGUCUAUGUCAUAGGAGGAAAGGCAGAGAGCAAGAAGUGCAUACGGAGGGUGUCUGUCUACAAUCCCACUAAGUUUGAGUGGAAGGAGCUAGCUCCUAUGAAGCUGGCUCGUUCUCUGUUCGCUGUGACGGUCCACAAUGACCAGAUCUACGUGGCCACGGGCGUUACAGACACAGGACUCACCAGCACUGUAGAGGUCUAUGACAUCGCUACAAACAAGUGGUCAGAGUUCGUAGAGUUCCCCCAGGAGCGUAGCUCCAUGAACAUGAUCAGCAUGGGGGCAUGUCUGUACGCUGUGGGGGGCUUCGCCAUGAUGCCCAGCGAGAUCAGCGAAGAGCCACAGCCCACUGAGAUGAACGACAUCUGGAGAUUUGAGGAGGACUGCUGGAACGGGAUUUUGAGAGAGAUCAGCUAUGCUGCAGGUGCCACGAUUCUCGCUGUAAAGCUCAAUACACUUCGUCUCACCAAGAUGUGAUCAGCUCUAUAAAGAAUG